UUAAUUGAAAAACAAAACGUAUGAAUUCUAUUUGUGAGCUUUGCUGUGGAGACAUGACUGUGCCGCUUUUGCCGCGAUUGAAGUGACCAAUUUUAGUCCCACAGGUUCAAACUCUUCCGUGAUUCAGCAUGUCCUGCAUGGAGAACAUUGUUGUUUACAUUCCCAAAGGAACAUGUGUCAAAAACAUCCCCGUGCAGUCCCUGUCCAGCUCCACGGCCAGGAAGAUCCGUGUCGCUCUGUCUCAGCAUGAAUCAGAGAAACAGAUGCCGCAGACAGUGACGUGGAUCUGUCCGGUUGAGCUGCGGGAAAAAGAAGUGGCUGUGGGCAAGGACAGCAGAGAAACACUUCCACAGGGCCAGAGGACGCCGGUCACCAAAAUAACUCCAGGCCAGUUUUUGCUGCCUGUUGUGAGUUCCAGCAUCACUGCCUUUAAGGUCCUAAGAACAAUUUUAAAAACACAUAAGCCCAAAAUACAGUUUUCAGGGCUGGAGACUGAAGCGGCCUCAUUUCCCAGCAUCAGGGAUUCGGUUCAGAGAAAUGCCAUCAUCGUGUUUAACGGCCAGAUCUUCCUGUCAGUGAGAAAGUCACGCUACAGGCGAGUGAGACUGCAAAACUCUCCCUCAACAGCUUCAGGUGUGUGUCCGGUUUCUCCCAGUCAACAACAGCAGAUAAACACUCCACCUAGUUGUCAGGCACAACUGCUCCUGGACCCUUCACCCAGAUCACAGCAGAACAAGACUCAGGAUGGUCAGGCUCCAGCCACAGAUCUUGACAUUAACUUGCACAUUUCACCAAAAUUGCACAAAGUCUCUGAAGAAAUGCCUGAGCAAUGCUGUACGGGCAAAGAGUGUCAAAAGGAAACCUCUGAGUCCAGGUCAGCAAUUAGCCCACCCAAACCUGAGGAUCUGGAGUCCAGUCAGGAGCCCAAUAUCCUCCAGCAGUCCCAGAUCAUCCACGCAUCGGCUAGCGUCUCCGAGCAGCCUGAAGCAGCAGCUGGAGAAAGAGAGGCGCACGAGGAUGACCAUGAGCGUUUAGCAUUGCUCCCCAGAGCUGAGAGCUGUCUUGCUUUUGACUUUGAACAGUUGGCCCAGGAGGAGAGAAUCAACAACCUACGAGCUCGGCUGAGGCAGAAGGAAGCCGCCCUCAGCAUCUUUAACUCAAAGCUGACGGAUCAGAUUUAGAGGAUCAGACUUUUCUUAAGAUGUCUGUUCAAGCGGUGUCGAAAUUCCUCGUACAUAAUUUAAUUUGAGCAGCAGAAGAAAUGUCUCAAACUUUGGUUGAGAAAGUUCAUUAAUAUAUUUAUAUAAAUAUUGUCAUUUAAAUAAAAUAAUAGUGUAAAAAAAUCGCCAGACAUGUUUUUGUGCAAUAAAUAAAUGUGCAGCUAAAAUUAAAAUGUCACUCGGUUCAUUGGUUGAAAUAAAAAAGGUUUUGUGUCAAACUAAGAAUUGGCUAUUAUUGUACCCACACAUCUGACUGGUAACAUAACGUUUUGUCUCUAUUUUAUCUUUAAGUGUGUACUCUGUGAUUGACUGUGAAUGCAUUCCUUUGUUUUAUCAUUUCAGUUGAAGCCCACACACUCGAAAAUCACUUAACCGGCUUCAUGCUGAGAUAUACUUGCGAUAACUUCUUUCUCUGUUGUCGUCACUCUUGAGAUGGAUUUCAAUGUCAUACUGCAGGGAAUCUCUAAACCGGCGUUCUAUAAGAUAAUGAUGACACUUCAAAGUUAUAUAUGCACAUAAUAAAGGAUCUCUAAAGGGACAAUAUCUGUCAGAUAAAUUCAUGCGCCACAUCCCUCUUACAUUACUUAGCUAUAAAUGUUCAGAUAGAAACGUCGAUUUUGAUUUUCUGUUGUUUAUCUGUCAGAUUUCUUUUGUAGUUUCAUGCGUCUUCAGCAAAAGACAAGCUUUGCGAUUAUGUGUCGUCUGUGUGUAGAAGGAAGGGUAGGGUGUGUGCCGUUGGCCCGUCCCCUCCUGGUCCUCCUAUAAGAGCACACCGGAGUAAGAACGUCAGUAGCUCUUUAGAGACCAAAC